AUGCUGUUUUACUCUCGACGUACUCUUCUCAAUACGCACAGUAUUGACUAUCUUCAUGAUUGGGUCAUACCUUCAUUAAGUUGCGUGGUAUACAUGUCAGAGAACAUAUCUAUCCGUACCUCAAAAAUCGAUACGCUGCCAUUUUCAGGCAACAUAUGGUCCAGUGGGUUAGGUUACGGCGAUGAGACGCGUUGGACUUCUCGCUACUGCACAAGCUCAUCUCAAUCCACGCUACCGGUAGCUCAUUCUACGAUUAGAGUGCGAUUUGAACGAGGCCUUCCUCUUCUUAAUGUCACUCUACCGUCAAGAGGUGAAGUGUGUCAAUUCUCACUUCGGCCGCUUACCGAUAAUGUUGGAAGUUUUUGCGAUCAAUUGCAGCGAGAAGAUCGAGGAUUAGACUUCGUUGCUGUAUAUACAAAAGGUGCUCAUGGAGUUCGUGUCGCAACAUCAACGUCUGUUGAGCAUUUGCUAUUGUUUGGGGAGUUUCGCUUGAGACUGAAUGAUCGCUAUUACGAUGUUGUGGUGUCUGAAGGGAACAUCGAUGAACAGCUAGGAAGUGACAGGUGCUCUUUCACUUCUACUUUUUCGAAAACUUGUGGACAUGCGGCAGAAUGGUUACUUAUUUCAACGAGGAUUAUUUAG